GUCCGGAUGUCCUCUCAUACUGCAGUGCCAGUUUUGUUCUCAUAUAUUAUUAGUACUCUCGUUUUCCGGUCCAUGUGGAGUUACAGUGUCCUCUUCUUGCGCGUACACCAAAUAUCAGCCUGCACCACAUCCCCGGACAUGACUCAUCCACCUGCUAUUAGAUGCAUUCUUCUGCAGGUGGAGCAUUUGAGCAAGUUGAUCUGUGGAAUCAAACAUGUCGCAGCAGAACGUUCUUAUGGGGCUUGAGGCAGGCUUCAGAAUCACCCACUGACACCAGCACUUUAUCAACAAUCAUCUCCCAAAAUGCCUAUCCCUGGUAAGAAUAGCGACACGAACCGUGAAGCUUGAGAUGCAAGCAGUUGAGGUAAAUCAUAUAGACCCGACGAUAAGAGCAAAUGUACGUCCGAGUAAGUAUGCAUCAAGAUAGAGGAGAUCGUGAACCCCCGAUACUGUCAAGGUCCUGGCUCCCGAGCGCUCCAUGUACAUGCUCACUUGAAAUCCUUAGAAUCAUCGGCUAGAAAACGGAAGGAUCGCGCGUGUUAUUAUGUAACAUU